UAGAGUCGCUGGUUAUCACAACUCCACGACGAAACGAAAAACUCAGAGGACAGAGAGAGACAAACAAUGGCCAUGAUUACGCGCAACACCGCCACGCGCCUCCCUCUCCUCCUUCAAUCUCAACGCGCCGUCGCCGCGGUCUCUCACCUCCAUACAUCGCUUCCCGCACUCUCCCCCUCGACAUCACCGACGUCCUACACCAGACCAGGUCCUCCUUCGACCUCCGCUCCUCCGCCGGGUCUCUCCAAGACGGCGGAGUUCGUGAUCUCCAAGGUUGAUGAUCUCAUGAACUGGGCUCGUAGGGGAUCGAUCUGGCCUAUGACCUUCGGCCUCGCCUGCUGCGCCGUCGAAAUGAUGCAUACCGGUGCUGCUCGCUACGAUCUCGACCGAUUCGGUAUUAUCUUCAGGCCUAGUCCUCGCCAAUCCGAUUGUAUGAUUGUCGCCGGUACGCUUACCAACAAGAUGGCUCCGGCUCUUCGCAAGGUUUAUGACCAAAUGCCCGAGCCAAGGUGGGUGAUCUCAAUGGGAAGCUGUGCCAAUGGAGGUGGGUACUAUCACUACUCCUACUCUGUGGUUCGAGGCUGUGACAGAAUUGUACCAGUAGACAUUUAUGUCCCUGGGUGCCCUCCAACUGCUGAGGCUUUGCUCUAUGGACUCCUCCAGCUUCAGAAGAAAAUCAACAGGCGCAAGGAUUUCUUGCAUUGGUGGAACAAGUGAAGCUUUAAAAAUCCUCCUCCUUCCAAUGUGAAAUGGAGUUUUUUUUCAGACGAUUUUUACCAAAAGUUUGGGGAUAAUAAAAUGUGGACUUCUCACUGCAUGUUUCUUUGUGAUGGAGAUGCCAUGUAAAAGAACGUAUUUCUUUCUUAAGUUUGUUGUUUAAGCUUAAUAAACCUAAAGAUGUUGUUGUUGUCGGAGUUCUUUCUUUUUGUUAUAUCUACCAGUUAUGAGCUAGAUGAUUCUGAACCUUUUGAAUUUAUACAUAUAUAUUAUAUAUAUGUGUGUAA